CGGAGGGGAGGCAAGCAGGAACGCCAGCGGGCCAGGGCCGGAGCCGAGCCGGGGUCAGGGCAACAGCGGGGACCCUCGGAGGCGGGGCCAGUGGGACCGCGAUGGGCGUGGAGAUCGAGACCAUCUCUCCGGGAGACGAGGAAAGAAGGCGGCGGCCGGGAGGCUGGGGUCUGCGGCCCGCCACCGCCCCGGGGGCCUCUGGCUGCUACUGCCGCGGCUGGAACCACUCGGUUACCCACUACUGCUGAUUUCCCAGGUUUCCGCUACUGCUCCGCUUCCCUGCCCUGCUGGGAAGGACAUUCCCCAAGAAGGGCCAGACGUGUGUGGUGCACUACACAGGAAUGCUCCAAAAUGGAAAGAAAUUCGAUUCAUCCAGAGACAGAAACAAACCUUUCAAGUUCAGAAUUGGCAAACAGGAAGUCAUCAAAGGUUUUGAAGAGGGUGCAGCCCAGAUGAGCUUGGGGCAGAGGGCGAAGCUGACCUGCACCCCUGAUGUGGCGUAUGGAGCCACGGGCCACCCUGGUGUCAUCCCUCCCAAUGCCACCCUCAUCUUUGACGUGGAGCUGCUCAACUUAGAGUGAAGGCAGGAACUCAAGGUGGCUGGAGACGGCUGCUGCUCACCCUCCUAGCCUGCUCUGCCACUGGGACGGCUCCUCCUGCUUGGGGCUCUUGAUCAGUGUGCUAACCUCACUGCCCCACAGCAUUAUCCAUUCUCUCAGCCCAAGGUUCUGUAUGUGUUCCAUCAUUGUCCACGCACAUCUUUGCUUGAGGAAACUUUGGUUGCAGAUUGAAAUGUUUCAGGUUGUGCAUUUUGCGUGAUGCAUGUAGUAGCCAUUCCUGAUCACAGAACACAGAUUUCUUGUUCGCACAAUCUACACUGCCUUACCUUUACUUAAGCCAGACACACAAGGUGCUCAGACAUGAAAUGUACUUGGUGUACACAGAGGGACUUGAGCCAGUUACCUUUGCCGUCACUUUCUCUCUCGGAAAUUCUGCUGACUUAAACAAUGUCCUCUUUGGAAACGAUAUGUAAAAUAAAGGCUCUAUGCUUGACAAA